AUGGCGCAGAGGAGAGAAGAGCAGCCAGUGAGCUGGCCAAAAAAGACAUGUUUUGCUACAGUGGGCGCUACAGCAUCCUUUAACGCCCUGGUUCGAGAGAUUCUCCAUCAGGACUUUCUGGCUGCUCUCAAGGCAAACAAAUACACCAAUCUAGUUAUCCAGUACGGCCAGCACGGCGAUGAACUAUUUCGCUCGUUCGUCAAGGAUAAUGAAGACGAAAUACUCCAAAAUUAUAGGUUGACACUGGCCGGGUUCGACUUCAACGUCAACGGCCUCAAGGACGAGAUGUGUGCUGCCAAAGCAGAUCCAAGCACAAAUACAGCCGAAGGCCUUGUCAUCAGCCAUGCAGGAUCCGGAACCAUCUUAGAGGUUCUUCGAUUCGGUCUGCCUCUCGUGGUAGUGCCGAAUCCAGCACUGAUGCACAACCAUCAGGCAGAGUUGGCGAAGGAGUUGGCUUCCGCUAACUAUGUAGUCCACGGGAAGCUUGGAAAUCUGGCCAGUGCUGUUCAUGAAGCAGAGAAGCUCCGUGAAAAGAUCCAUUCAUGGCCUCCCAAGCGGGCAGACACCGACUCCAAGGGGUUGGCUUGGGUGAUGGAAGAUGAGCUUGGAUUUCUUGAUUGA